AUGGGUCGUUUCUUGGCGCGCGUGCUGCAGGACUCAGGCGACGACGUGCUGCUCAAGCAGCAGGUAGUCUUUCCCUUCGUGAAGUUCCAGCAUCUGAUGCCGCGCGGCCGUUUAGGCAACGGUGGCUUCGGAACGGUGCAGCUCGUGGAAGACGGACAUGGCCGAAUGUUCGCACUGAAGUCCAUCAGCAAGGGCCAUGUCGUCGAGGAAGGAAUGCAAGCAAGUGUCAUGAGCGAGAAGAAGGUACAGCUGAUGUGCGAUUGUCCCUUCAUCAUCAGACUUCACGAAACAUUCAAUGCCCCAGAUUUCCUGCACUUCCUCCUCGAAGUGGCACUUGGCGGGGAGCUCUAUUCGACAUACAAGAAGCAGAAUCUUUGGGGCAAUGAAGACUGUGCAAAAUUCUAUGUCGCCGCAGCGGCGCUUGCCCUACAGUACUUGCAUAGCAAGAAGAUGCUUUGCUGCAUGUUCAGGAGGGGUGAUGCUUGCGCUCUAUUGUAUCCGGUACGGGGGUGA